CCUGUCGCUCAGAGAGUGUAAAGGAAGCGCCUUUUUUUUUGCCUCCGUCUUAAUUCGCAGAGGGACACAAGCGAUGUCGCAACUCUUAUCUUCUCCUCUGAUGGCGGCAAGUUACAGUCCCUUCACUAGCCAUCGCUUUCUCUCUUCGUCUUCUUCAGUACUCGUCGCCGGCGGCGGUCUCGCCGUGAAACGACAUGGACUAGCUUCGAAACCGGUGAGGACGGUAAACCUCUCGGUGAAGUCUCGCCAGACGGAUUACUUCGAGAAGCAGAGGUUCGGUGACUCGUCUUCUUCUUCACAGAACGGUGAAGGAGGGCCUGCUAGGUUUUACGUGGGACAUUCGAUAUACAAAGGGAAAGCUGCGUUAACGGUGGAGCCAAGAGCACCAGAGUUUGUGUCUUUAGACUCUGGAGCUUUCAAGUUGUCGAAAGACGGGUUCUUACUGCUUCAGUUUGCUCCUGCAGCUGGUGUAAGGCAAUACGAUUGGAGCAAGAAACAGGUGUUCUCAUUGUCGGUUUCCGAAAUUGGAACUCUAGUUAGCCUAGGCCCGAGAGAAUCUUGUGAGUUCUUCCAUGAUCCUAACAAGGGGAAAAGUGAUGAAGGAAAGGUGAGGAAAGUGUUGAAAGUUGAGCCUCUCCCCGAUGGUUCUGGCCACUUCUUUAACCUAAGUGUUCAAAACAAGCUUUUGAAUGUUGAUGAGAACAUUUACAUACCAGUCACUAGAGCAGAGUUUGCUGUUCUGACCUCUGCUUUCAAUUUCGUCUUGCCUUACCUCAUAGGCUGGCACGCAUUUGCAAACUCCAUCAAACCAGAAGAGGCAAACCGUACGAGCAACGCUUCACCUAACUAUGGAGGAGACUAUGAAUGGAAUAGAUAGAUGAAUCUAAGGGCCACAAGCGAAUCUAUCAGACAUUAUCCUUUCUUUAUUUCCUUUUGCUGAUAGUGUUCUUGAAAGACAGUGUUCUUUGUUCGUGGCUAGCAGAAUAGACUAAAGAGUAGUGCUUUUUGUUUUAGUCUUUUUGACCAAAUGUGGAAGUGAUUGUGCUACGCGGUUGUAUUGUAUCUCAAAACAUCAGUUGGUUGUCUCUUGUCUUAUUUUAGCUGUUUUUGAUUAAAGAACAAUUGUCACAAUUUGA